GUCAUAGUAAACAAACCCUUCCUUUGCUUGCGGUCCGCACUCCGCAGUUGUAGACUCAGGCUAUUCAAUGGUUGUGGAAUUGUGGUAUACAAGUCGGGAAGUUUGGAUCUAUAUUACAAAUCAGUGAGGUGGAAGGAUAUUGUUAAUCUGGUUCUACUGACCCUGUAUUCUUCAUUGCUGCAACUUCUGUACCUGACAGAAUGCCGAAGGUAGUUUCUGGUAGUGUCGUCGUCUCUGAUGCCAAGGAUCAGCAAGAAUACAGUGAAGAUAAACCCUUAAUUGUUUACUAUUGUCUUUGUGGACAAAUGGCAGUAAUCAUAGAUUGCACCAUGGAGAAAUUACCUCUGCGCAGACGUGAUGGUGCCCGAGUCAUAGAUGGAUCCCGCCAUGCGCACAGACUCGUCUGUGAUCCUGAUGAAACAGUUUUCAUUCGCAGAACAGAGGGAAUUGAAAAGCAGUACAGAAAAAAGUGCAAAAAGUGUGGACUUCUCCUGUUUUAUCAACACAACCCUGUUGCCAAUGUGGUGUUUGUUGUUAAAGGUAGUGUAUUCUUAAGUGGUGGCAAAUCAGUGGCACAGCAAGUAGAUGAGAAGCCCAAAGAAAGAGUCAUGAUUACUCGUCACACAAAAAAUAUGGGAAAAUUUUCAUCUGUUACCGUUUCAACAAUUGAUGAAGAGGAAGAUGAGAUUGAGGCUAGGGAAGUUGCCGAUUCUUAUGCCAACAAUGCAAGGAUUAUUGAGAAACAACUUGAGCGCAAAGGUAUGAACAAGAGGAAAAGCUCCAUUUCCAAUGAGGAAGGAGUGCCGACUACAAAGCAAGUUCGUGGAACCCUCAUCAACCAGUAGAGAAAUUUUUUAGCUCACAAAUUUAUAUUUUUGUAAGUUUUGUAAUGUAAAUAUGACUAUGUAAUUGUACAGUAAUUCAUGUCUGUAAUAAGGAUUAGCCUUGUAGUUCCAUGCACCAACCAUUGUCGAAAUUUACAUGGAAGUAUACAUUUUCUUGGUGAUAUUGCAUUGUAAUUAGAGAAAAUAUCCUUUUUUAUUGUCUAUUACGUUUAAGAGGUUGAAUUAGAUACCGUAUAGAGAAUAUAAUAAUUAUUUUAUCAUCAUAUCUGUAUAUGUAGGUGCACUACCCCUAUAUCCACUAUCAUUUGGAGGUUUUUAGUAUUUAUUGUUAUUAAAAAUUAAUAGCUGCAUCAACAUGGUUUAUUUUACAUUUCA